CAUGUGCAGCUCUACCCUCACCUGAAAUGCAAGAAGUAAGCAACUAGAAGUGCUAAUUCACCUCAAAUCCCCAAGGUCUGUUUCAGAUAGAAUUGCCCUGUGGAAGUGUCUGCAAGAAAACCUUGAUCUUGAGAACUUCACAAUGAAGACAGGAGUGUAAGACAAAGAUUGUGUCAAGCACCAAGCUGGAGGAGCAGUGAUGUAAAAAUGGCUGAUGAGAACUGCACCCACGUGACUCAUUUCACCUUCUUGGGACUCACAGAGCACCCACAGCAGAAGCUUCUCCUCUUUGUGCUCUUCCUGGGCAUCUAUGUGCUGACAGUCCUGGGGAACCUCGGCCUCAUCACCCUCAUCAGGCUCAGCCCUCAGCUCCACACCCCCAUGUACUUUUUCCUGGGUUGUUUGUCCUUCUUAGACAUUUGCUACUCCUCCACCAUCACCCCAAAAAUGCUGCUGGACCUCCCAACAACAAACAAAGUCAUUUCUUUUCCUGGCUGCCUCACACAGUUGUAUUUCUUUGCAGUUUUUGGCACAGCUGAAGUUUACCUACUGGCUGCCAUGGCCUACGACCGCUACGUGGCCAUCUCCAAGCCCCUGCUCUACAAGGCUGCCAUGUCCCCUGGGCUCUGCUGGAGCCUUGUUGCUGGGUCCUACCUUGCAGGGUUGCUGAAUGCCAGUGUGCACACAAGUGCCCUGCUCAGGUUGUCCUUCUGUGGCCCCUUGGUCAUCAACCAUUUCUACUGUGACGUGACACCUCUGCUUGCCGUCACCUCCACCGACCCGCGCCUCAACAAGGGUUUGGUGUUUGUCUUUGUGGGUUUCAACUUGCUGGCCACCAACCUCUUCAUCCUCACCUCCUACACCUGCCUGGUGGUGGCUGUGGGCAGGAUGGGCUCAGCUGCAGGCAGGCACAAAGCCUUCUCCACCUGCACCUCCCACCUGGCAGCUGUCGUUAUCUUCUACGUGUCUGCUGCUUUUAAUUACCUCCAACCCACGUCACCAAACUCACUGGAGGGCAAGAAAAUUGCAUCCAUCUUCUACACCAUUCUCAUCCCCAUGCUGAACCCCAUGAUUUACAGCCUGAGAAACAAGGAGGUGAAGCACGCCCUCAGCACUUUGAUCAGGAGGCAAGUGUGCUUCUGAAGGACAAUUUCAUAUUAUAUUUUUCCCCUCUCUCUAAGGAGGAUGUUUCAUGCAAAUCUCUGUUGCCUCCAUAAACUAUUUAAUACCUCACAUGUUUAGGGCUGAAAAAUUAAUUAGUGUGCUCUGAAACUGACACAACUACAUGGGUCUUGUCUUUAGUACAAACUUCUUGUCCAGUUACUCUACUUCCCAUGUAGUGACCAUGA